UCCUCGCCUUCGGGACGGAGCAGGAGUAGGAUGGCGGAUUCUAACCUCAGUGUUCCUCCUCCGUACGGGAUGGAAGGAUACGAUCUGGGAGCGCUCAGUGUAGAGCAGCAGGAGAAGCUGUGGGACCUGAAGAUAAACACACGGAUAGCGAAUGAAUACUACCUGAGGGAGCACCCAGAGGUGGAGAUUCUACUGAGAGAGUUCAUGAGAUCGGUGCUCCUGAAGAAGCCAAAAAACAUCCUGGAAUUUGCUGCUGAGUACUACACCGACGCAAGGCUCCCAGAAAAGAUCCAGAGGAAAGUGUACGAGCGGGAAAAGAUGUUGAAAUGAGAAGUGAGUGGGGCAGCCCACAAGACGGAUGUGACCUCUUCGCUGGGCACUGACCUCUUGAACCACAUGUAACACUGAUCCCCACCCCUCGUUGGCCAUCAUGGGGGAGAAACCAUGAACCUUCCUCUGAUUUGUAUGUGGUUUGCGAAAUAUUUAUCUGAACGACAUUUCAACUACAAAGCCCCCCUUUCCCUUGUGCUAUGUCAAGUAGUGUGCCGCACACCUAAUCACAACCAGACACAUUAAACACAUUAAACUUGUUCUGCACGUUCUUUGAACUACAUUUUGAAUUUACAGAUAAAGGAGCUGAAGAUCUGUGGCUCAGCUAAACAUUCCAAAUCCUCUCUGCCUUUACAGUUCACUGUAAUCCUUUGGGAUGUAGGUGGAGGAGGGUGGUGUAACCCGGUAUCUUUUGCCAUAGGGGCUCAGUCCAGAGCCCUGCUCGGUGGAAUGGGCCACUUGAGCAGCUGGGGUCUUAUGGCUGUUGUCUCUGACAUCAUUUCGGGGUGGAUGACAAAGUCAGGUUUCUGCUGUUUCCAUA